AAGAAGGAGAAGUCAGACUCACCUGCACCCAGCUGUGUGUCUUACCAAUCAAUGGAUCCACUAGCAAACUUCACAGGAGAAUUUACACCCAACCCAAAACUGAUGAAAUUGGAACGAUUUCACACACCUGGACUACAAUCAGUGGAUUCAGAAGACAUGAAAAGAGAAUCUAUUACACCAGCUGAUUUCAGUGAGUUGGCUGUCAGUCUCUUGACCAACGAGGACUUCAGAUGUUCAGUCUGCACAGGUGUACUGAAAGACCCAGUGUCCAUCCCCUGUGGACACAGUUACUGCAAGCAGUGCAUCACCUCAUACUGGGAACAGCCUAGCCAAGCAGGCCACUACGCCUGUCCCCAGUGUCCACGCACAUACAGCUCCCACCCGGCACUCUACUCAAACUCAGCCUUGGCGCUGGUGGUCCACAAGCUAGAGCACUUCAGUCCUGUCCUGCCUGCCCAAAGCUACGCUGGUCCUGGAGAUGUGGAGUGUGAUUUCUGCACCGGGCGGAAACUGAAGGCUGUUAAAACCUGUUUGACCUGCACUGCCUCCUUCUGCGGCACCCAUGUGAAAGAGCACUACACUAUUCCAGCACUGCAGAGACACACAUUAGUGGACGCUGUUGAAACCAUGGAGGAGAAAAUGAUCCACACUGAAUUGAAGGAACCUCACAGGAGUGGAUUUGAUGAGUCACCUGUUUCCUCAAGGAAGAGACGUGGUCAAGAGGAGGACCCAGUGCUACGUGUCGUGGCUGCCUUGCAGCAGGAGAAUCAUCAACUCAAAAGACUGGUGUCUGAUUUGCAAGAUAGGAUUUCUACGUUUGACUGUAAAGUCAGAAAGGAAGAGAAAAAUAUCAGGGAGCAGCAGCAGGAGCUAACACAGCUACUGCAGGAGGCACGGGGGCAGCAGCAGCAGCAGGAGCUAACACAGCUACUGCAGGAGGCUCGGCAGCAACAGCAGCAGCAGGAGCUAACACAGCUACUGCAGGAGGCUCGGCAGCAACAGCAGCAGCAGGAGCUAACACAGCUACUGCAGGAGGCUCGGCAGCAACAGCAGCAGCAGGAGCUAGUGCUGCAACUGCAGGAGGCACGAAAGCAGCAUCAGCAGUGGGUGCAGCAGCAGCAGGAGCCAGAGGAGUUGCGGCAUCAGCUGGGGCUGCGGAGUGAUCCGUAUAUGUGGCAGCGGCUGCAAGAGGCAAAGCAGCAGCUGACACAGCCAGGUAGGGUGACCAUCUGA